AUGCCUCCCUCACCAUGUUUUACGAACCUCCCCAUGGAGGUCCGCUUGCAAAUCUACGAAUUUUACUUUCAUCUUCCAGGUGGUCUAAUCUAUUCCCACGACAGUCAAAAGCUCGUUGCAAAGGAUCCAAAUGAAAAGCUUGAGGUUUCCUUAAUUUUCACGUGCCGUACUGCAGCUGCCGAGACUCAAGGUCUGCCUUUCAGGUUCAAUACGGUGACCUUUACCACGGGCUGCCAUGCAAAGAACUACAGCCAUGCUAGGGAAUAUUCACAAACUCUCCGCCAACUAUACAAUCAGCGUUUUGAAGUCCUCAGCUACAUGCGCCCAGCAAUCUCAAAGGAAAUCUAUGACGAAACAACUUCGAGAUUCCCGCUCUUCAAGCCAGUACUAGAUGCCAUCAAGGAACACCACCCGCAGGAUAGGGAAGACAGCCAGAAAUUCAUACGCAAAGUCGCCCGAUGGGGCGAUGUGCCUUCUUCUACACGAGAAGCAGUAGCUCUCACAUGCCAGUUAGCACUGCAAUCAAUGGAAAGGGAAACCAUCGCUGCCGUGGCCAGAUACCGGCUGGACCACCCGAAUCUACCUUCCCACGAUGACCCCUUGCGCAUACUCACUCUUGAUCACCUACCUUGGGAUAUACCCUCGAAACGGAAAUUGCAGCGACUACGAGUUAGCUUAUACAGGCCACCUCGAGACGGCUUCUCCUGGGCCCCAGGUGUUAGGAAUGAUCGUGGCGUAUGGAGAAAUUCUAAGCAACAUACAAGGCCGUAUCACUUCUCCGCGGCUACAGUAGCUAUUCAGUUCCUCCGCCAGCUGUCUGCCAAGCAACGAAUGCGUUUUCGAAAUAUCGUGCUACGCGAGGAGUCCAAGUCCGUCGCUUUCCCAGCAUGUCACGCUCGCGGACUCAUUCCUUUCUGCCAGGAGAACCCUCGCCUCCGCAUUGAGAGGCGAGUUAGUUUAUUCGGUAACGUUUUAGACGUCCCUGGAGGUCUCUCCACAGCUUACAGGUUCAUAUCCGAUAUGUCUAAAGCAUUGGCGGUCUGGCUUGUUGAAGCAAUGGACUUGGAGCCUGCCGGCAUGCCAUCCAAUGCCUUCAGCUUUGUUCUAGACGAUGAUCAGGCGCCGGACAGGGCAAUGAUUGCCUUUGACAAAGUUUUCCACAGGUGCCUCACUUGGCAGCGCUACAUGGAGGAAUCUUACCAAAGGGGCGAAAAGAACGCUAGGCUCUUCUUCAGAUUGAUGAAGAAUAGGCUGUAUAUUUUGGAUGGAUUUCCCCGAGCGAUGGAGGAACUCUUCCGAAAUAAUGGCAUCAUCCGCUGCAACUUCAGCCCAGGUGAGCCAAGGCAAAUAACCCCAAACGCGAUCGAGACUAAGAACGAAUACGCAACCAUCGACAUCGUUGACGAACUAGGAUAUGACCAACAGAGUGUCAGGCCUCAAUAUAGCCGAGCUAGAGGCGAAGUAUUUGGGCAUACUGAACUUCCCGGUCUUCUUUGA